AUGAAAGACCACGAGGAUGACCAGGUUGUUACAAUCCAUGGCGACCAUAAAGAAGCACGACAAUGUUACAACAUCAGCAUGAAAUUCCAAAAUCGCUCAACGCAACAAGUCAAUAACGUCGGCCUGAACCAAAAGGAGCACACACUAGCCGAGCUGGACCCAAGAGCUGAUUUCCUCAAUCGCCCAAAACCCUCCGAUGACCUACAAAAAGUGUAUUUCAACAAUGAUCCUAAUAAAUUCACAUAUGUAGGGUAUAAUCAAAUAAUGAUGCACCCAUCUGAUCAAAAUAAAACAGCUUUUAUCACUGAUUUCGGUAACUAUUGUUAUAAAGUUAUGCCAUUUGGAUUAAAGAACGCAGGUGCAACUUACCAACGCCUUAUGGAUAAGGUGUUCGCCAAACAAAUCGGCAGGAAUAUCGAAGUUUAUGUUGAUGAUAUGGUAGCCAAAACAAAAAUUGGAGAUAACCACAUCAGCGACCUUACAGAAAUAUUCGGCCAGAUCUGCCAGUACAACAUGCGUCUCAACCCCGAGAAAUGUGCAUUCGCAGUUCAGGGGGGUAAGUUUUUGGGUUUUUUGCUAACAUGCAGGGGAAUAGAGGCAAAUCCAGACAAAUGCCGAGCAGUGCUGGACAUGGCCAGCCCUAAAACAGUCAAAGAAGUUCAGCGCCUCACAGGACGACUCGCUGCACUUUCCAGAUUUUUCGACAUCAGAUACCAAUUCCGAGGACCGAUCAAGUCACAAAUCCUAGCGGAUUUCAUCGCCGAGCUUACAAUACCAUCCGAGGAAGAUCAUGCAAAACAAUGGAUCUUAUAUGUGGACGGCUCUUCAAAUAACGGAGGCUAUGGUGCAGGAAUUCGUCUGGAAGCCGAGGAUGGAUUCAUAUUAGAACAGUCAAUACACUUAGCUUUCAAAGCAAGCAACAACCAAUCCGAGUAUGAAGCACUACUCUCCGGACUCCGACUCUGUUUAGAUCUUCAAAUCUCGACGAUCAAGGAAACAGAUUGGAGGAACGACUUUAUACACUAUUUACAAACAGGUAAUAUACCAGAAGGGGUCGAGAGCGAUAAAAAGUUCCGACGGCAAGCAUCUUCCUUCACAAUACUCAAUGGAACGUUGUAUCGACGAGGAUAUACUCGCCCUCUACUCAAAUGCCUCAACAAGUCAAAAGCUGACAUAGCAUUAGCAGAGGCACAUGAAGGAAUCUGCGGCACACAUACAGGGGCUUGA